GCCCUUACCACGUGAUCAAGUGGGCGUAUUUAAGCUCCUGGCGCGAGAUCCUCGGAAAAGAAAAUAGGCAGUUUUAGCAACGAGGUAGGACUUCAUCAUCGUUCUCUUGAAGGAAAAUGAGUCUCAGUGGAAAGCUAAAAUCCAACCACCAGAUGUCUAAUGAGAAUAUAAAGAGCUUUUUCACACCUUCUCAAAGGGCAAUGGGACCCCCCAGGCAGAUGCUGCAGGUCCUUCAAGCAUCAGCUGUCAACAAAGACUUGGGAAGAUCAUCUCAGAUGGGUAAGGUCGUUCCAAAACGGAAACAGUGGAGUGCAGAACAAACUAGAGGCCCAAAGAGGGUGAAGGUAGAAGUCAAAUCCACACAAACGGAAGAAACUCAGUGUUUGACAGAUGACAUGUCCAAUGAAGCAUAUGAACUUAUGGUCAAAGAAACGCCUCCAUCAACCUAUUGGAAAGAGGUAGCAGAGGAGCGUCGGAAGGCCUUGUACAAUGUUCUACAGGAGAAUGAGAAGUUGCACAAAGACAUUGAGGCCAAAGAGGAGCGGAUAGCAAAGCUCAAGUGUGAGAAUGAAGAACUGCAGGAGCUGGCACAACAUGUACAGUACAUGGCUGAUAUGAUCGAGAGACUGACUGGGAAGAGCCCGGACAAUCUGGAGGAACUGAGGGAGAUGGCUCUUGACGUGGAGGACGACCACGAUGAGGACAGUGAAGUGGCAGGUCAGAGUGAGGACGAGGAUUCUGAUGACGGUCAGAGUGACGCAGAGGAAGAAGAGACCACAGACCAUGAACAAGCUGGACCCUCGGAACAAGACUGAGUGACACAACUUGUUCGUCAUGGGACUUUGACCUGCUUAUACAAGUCAGCAGAUUUGUGCUGUGCAAAAAAAAAAUGGCCUUCAAAGUAAUCACUGAUUUUUUUUUUUUUUUUUUUUUUUUUUUUUUCUUUGGCAAUUUUAUAUUAAGACUUGAAAAGGUGGACUGGUUUUAUUAAAAGUGUAGCUUUUGCUAGACAUUUCUUGAGGAAACAGGCCUUCAAAAUUAAGCCAGCAUAGGAUUUUUUUUUUUUUUUUUUUUUUUUUUUUUAAUUUAUUUAUUUUUAAUGUGUCUUGGUAGGAAAAGCACAGGUGUAAAUAACAAGAUGAAUAACAGCUAAUUCCUUGAGUUGCUUUAGUUUCAGCAUCCUUGUAUUGCACAUGGUGGCUCACUGGGCACUUAGUGAUGUCACUCAGUAUUGGUAAAUUGUGUUGCAGCUAUUCCAGCUGCUUACAGGAUGUAAUGUGUUCAUCGGCAGUCAAAAGUAAAGACGAGCAUGUAUCUAAUGCUUGUGUUCUUCCUACUGUGAGUCUAAAAUGUGUCCUGUGAAAAGAGCCCUCUGAUGUACCCUCGAGCAUGACCCUCAAGUGUUUUGGUUUACACUGUAAAACUGUAAUGUUUUGGCUCAGUUAUGUACAUAAAGCAGAUGCAAAAUAAACCUUUUUUU